AUGAGCUCUUUCAGGAAGAGGGACAGUAUGGGCCUCUACGAUGAGUGCGAGCCCAUUCCGCUCCCAGAAAGAUUCGCCCAGAUCAAGAAGAAGGUCUCGGGUCACGAGGGGGACCUCGUCCAGUCCUGGCACCGUCUAUUACACGCCCUACGGCAGGAGAUCGAUGAGAUAGCCAGCCGCGGCUCGGAAUGCAUCCCGACGAUGGGCUUCCGUGACAGGAACGACCUCGCCAUCGUCAAGAGCUUCUCGCAGGACCUCAGACGCCGAGGUAUCGCAGUUAUACGGGGCGUGCUCUCCCCGGAGGAUGCCCGGUCCUUGGACCAAGAGACGCACGAGUACCUGGCCGCGAAUCCCCAAUCGACGGGCCUGCCCCCGGACGAGCCCCAGCUCUUCGACCUCUACCGGAGCCCGGCGCAGGUCAAGGCGCGUGCCCGUCCGGACGUCCUCGAGGCGCAAAAGUUCGUCAUGGGCACCAUGUGGCACUCGACCAACCCUUGCACACCAGUCAGCACAGAAUACCCAGUCACCUACGCCGACCGCCUGCAGAUCAGGGGGCCGCCGCAUCGCUCAACAUCGUCGUUUUCGUCAUCACAGAAUGAGACCACCCUCUCCGCGCAGGUGCACGUCGCCGACGGCAGCGUCGAGCGCUGGGAGCCCGAGGGCUACGGCCGGUCCGGCAUGUACGACGCUGUCUUCCGAGGCCUGUGGGAGGACCACGACCCGUGGGACUAUGCGCCGCGCCACCGGGCCACAACGGACCUGUGCCACCGUGUCGGGGCUUGUAGCAUGUUCCGCAUGUUCCACGGCUGGCUCUGUCUCUCCACGGACACGGAUCUCCAUGACGAGAACGGACAGCAACCGCUCCCCCUCCUCAGCGUCUGCCCGGCCCUCAAGCUGACGACGGCCUACUUCCUCCUCCGGCCGCUCUUCGCGCCGUCAUCACUCACCACCGGUUGCAGCAACGGCUGGACGCGCUCACCGAUCCACAAGACAGCAUCCUCCACGGCGCCCUGCCCAGCUACACGCAGGAGCUCUCCUCGGCGCUGCGUCCCCACCUCGAGCUGCACACCGCAGCCUCGUCGGCGUGCCCGCGCUGGGCCCGGGCGACUGGCUCAUCUGGCACCCGGACGCCGCCCACGCAUAUCACGGCAGCAGCGACCGCUUCCCAUCCCCGUCGCUCAAGCCGUCGUCGCGGGGACGCACGCCCUCUUCCUGACCCGCCAGCGCAAGGCCUUCCUGCUCGGCCUCCCGGGCCCGGACUUCGAGAGCGGCCGCGGAGAGCGGGACCACGCGGGCCGGCCGGGCGUCAGCGAGGUCAACGAGUCCGGCGGAGAAGACGCCCUGCGCGCGAUGGGCCUGCUACCCUUCGAAGAUCCCGACGCCAAGACCGACGCUGGCAGAGAGGUGGCGAGGAUAGCUAAUGCGUUGCUAUUUCCGCACCGGUUCGACAUGACGUGCGGCCGACUUUACUGA